AUGGGGGCAGUGGAGCGACCAGAGAUGACCGGCGGUUUUGCCGACUUCGAUGCCGGUCACCGAGAUCUGGUCGCUGUGAGUAAGUUCAACUAUUACGGGAAUCGGCUCCUCACAGCAUCUUUGGAUCAUCGAAUGAAAGUCUGGGACCUCAAGGAUGGUCAGUGGCAGCUUGUCGACACCUGGCGUGCUCAUGAUGCGGAAAUUCGCGAUGCAACCUGGAACGGCCCCUUCUCAGGCCAGCACAUUGCCAGCAUUGGAGAAGAUAUGCGACUGAAAAUCUGGCAGGAAGAUGUAACGCAAUCUCCUGAAUCAGGACGGCGAUUCAGAUCAAUCUUUCGCUUGACAGCGCCUCAUCGACACCCCUUUGUGUCUUUGGACUUCCGCAACAUUGAUCUCGAGUCAUGGCUUGCCGUGAUCACGCGCGAUGGCUACUUGAUGGUCCUGGAACCUGUCAGCCCAGAUAGCCUGGCAGACUGGCAGACUAUCGACCAGUUCCGAGUAUGCGCAGCACCUGAGCGUGGAGAAGAGGCAAGCUUCAAAGUUCAGUUCCAUCACGACCCCACCGAUAUCACACACACAAUACUCCCAGAUUCAGAUCGAAAGAGUCUGUCGCUUGUGGUGGCAGCCAUGGAUACGGUCAAAGUAUACCGUACCGAUGCAAAUCGACGCUUCUACCAUGCAAUUGAGUUGAACGGACAUAGCGGCCUCGUCAGGGACAUCUCCUGGGCACGUGGCUCAGUACGCGGUUACGAUCUCAUCGCGAGCGGUGGCAAAGAUGGACUGAUCCGCAUCUUCGAAGUUUACACAAUCGCCGCCAAUCAAGGAUCUCAGACCCCAGGUUCCAGAAAAGCUGAACGGCGCCAGCAGCACUCGUCCUCGACCAGAACGACGUCCCAGUCUGGCAUAGGGUCCGCUCUGGCAAAUCGCACACCUACUUCAAACCCUAGCCGCCAGGCUACUGGAGACUCUCAGUUCCGCCAUUCGUUCAAACAGGUGGCGUGCCUUGAGAGCAAGCAUCUUGACGUCUGGCAGGUAGACUUCUCAUUUGCUGGCGAUUCUUUGAUCUCCUCCGGUGAUGAUGGCGCAGCUCGGUUCUGGAAGAAGUCGCUGUCGGGAGAGUGGCUUGAGUUUGCCGAAACCGACUUCGCGGCCCAGUGA